CCUUGGUUGACCAGGAUCAACAGUCUGCAGUAGUUUUGAGAUAUGACAGUGCUGGCAUAUCUUUUAGACUUGACCGACAUAAAAAGCGUUUUACUUUUUCUAUCAAUUUUCGUUCUGCUGUUUGACUACUUAAAGAAUAAGCCACCAAAGAACUUCCCUCCAGGACCACGGUCAUUGCCCUUUAUAGGACACUUGCAUCACCAGACUGACUUCAGCAAAGUCCAUCUAGAGUUCGCAAAGUUUGCUGAAAUAUAUGGGCCUGUAUUCCACUUUCGGCUUUUUGGUCCAAGACUUGUGGUUGUCUACGGCCACAAAGUAGUGAGAGAACUGUAUGUCAAUCAAGGAGACAAUUUUGCUGACAGACCAACUGGUAUACCAUUUCAUGAAGACAAAAGUGGUGGGAAAGGUCUUAUUUCCUCAACUGGAUAUAGCUGGAAACAGCAAAGGAGGUUUGCUCUGCACACUCUGAGAAACUUUGGAUUGGGCAAAAGAAGCCUUGAGCCAUCAAUUCUUCUGGAAUGCCGAUAUCUAAACGAAGCAUUUAGCAACGAGCAAGGUAAGGCCUUUAACCCACAGUGGCUCAUUAACAAUGCUGUGUCCAACAUCAUCUGCGUGCUGGUGUUUGGGGACCGUUUUGUGUACACCGACGAAGACUUCCAGGCCCUCCUGAAGAACACCAAUUUAGCCGUUAGCCUGGAGGCAGACAUUUGGACCCAGCUCUACAACAUGUUCCCAUGGAUAUUCCGCAGAAUACCUGGUCCCCACAGGAAAAUAUUCAUCACCUGGGAUAAAGUGAUUACCUUUGUAAGGGACAAAGUUGAAGACCAUCGUGCAGACUAUGAUCCCUCAAACCCCAGAGACUAUAUUGACUGCUUCCUUGCAGAGAUCGAAAAGCGGAAGGAUGACAAAGCUGCAGGCUUCAAUGUGGAGAACUUGUGCUUUUGCACCUUUGACCUGUUUAUAGCUGGAACUGAGACCACUUCCACCACCCUGUUGUGGGCUCUGCUGUAUAUGAUGAAGUAUCCAGAGAUACAGCGAAAGGUGCAGGAGGAGAUAGAUCGAGUGGUGGGAUCGUCAAGACAGCCUUCUGUGGCCGACCGGGAGAACAUGCCUUACACAGACGCUGUCAUCCAUGAGAUUCAGAGAGUUGGCAACAUCCUUCCGUUGAACGUGACAAGAAGUGCCACCCAAGACACCCAAGUUGGAGACUAUGUUAUUCCUAAGGGAACAAUGGUAAUGGGGAUCCUAUAUUCUAUUCUGUUUGACGAGACGGAGUGGGAGACCCCUCACACCUUCAACCCAGACCACUUCCUGGAUGCAGAGUGCAAGUUCAGGAAGAGGGAGGCCUUCCUGCCGUUCUCCUUGGGUGCAAGAGUGUGUCUGGGAGAGCAGCUGGCUAGAAUGGAGCUGUUCCUGCUCUUCACCUCUCUCCUGCAGCAAUUCUCAUUCUCAACACCAGAUGGAGCUGAACCCAGCUUGGAGUCCAAACUUUCAGUCACUAACUGCCCCCAACCCUACCAACUGUGUGCUGUUCCUCUUUGAGAUGCAGAAGAACAUAGUGGCUUUCUCUGUUUCAUCUGUUCUAGUAACUGUUUUAGUGGGUGUUAUUAGACUAUGGACAAAUAUUCAUUGAAACGCUCAUUCCAGUAAACAAUGAGUCCUUUUAAUUUUUAUGUCAUCUGGACAUUUUUGCAAUAUUGAGUACUACAGCGUAAACUUUUCUACUUCGUAUUACUGUUGGGGAAUACAGUGUACAGCAAUCUUCUCGCUCACCCUUGGUAUUCCCUCAUACAGGAUUUCGUUGGUUAUAUAUGUGCACUAUUGCUGAUGUUAAGCACUGCACGCAGCAUCCUGGUGUAGUACCCAUCAAGGGACUUCUCUAGGGUUGGUUUCAGGGUCCAGCAUUCACUGCCAUAGAGGAGAACAGACUCUACUGUUGCGUAGAAGAGGCUAAGCUCGAUUGGACAGGGGAGAUUGGAGUUCCAUACACUGGCCUACUGUUCAGGGCCCUCUAUGCAAGUCUGCGCUUGCAUGACAAUUUGUAAAAAGUAUUGGAUAUUGUGUGUGUUUAUGCAAGUGUGUGCAUUUGUGUUUAUGUAUGUGCUAGUGUGUAUCUCUGUGUUGUGUGUGCAAUAAGUGCCAAACCAGACAGGGCCAGUGGCUUCAUCCAUAAAGCCAACAUUUAUCUGUCACUCACCACGUCAGGCAGUUGAUGACUUGUGAGCUUUUAGAUUUGUUUUCGUUUCUUUGUUUUUCCUCUCCUCUCUCUUUACCUGAUUUUGUUCUUUUAUGUGUUCUUCCUUAUGCAAAACACACAAAUAAAAACACA